CACUCGCACAAUGUCGACCGCCGCGGCCAACUGGUGCUACGCAACCGUCGCGCCCCGCGCUAAGAGCGUCGUCGUCGCCAGCCUCGGCACCCCGGCCCCGUCCUCUUCCGGCAGCUUCCGGCCCAGGCUCAUCAGGAACGCCCCCGUCCAGGCCGCGCCCGUCGCGCCCGCAUUGUAAUCCGGGAGACCAACCCAAAGGUCAAAAAGUUAGAGGGGGCGAUACGAGCGGGGAGGAGAAGAUGAGCGGUUGCCUGUGCCUCCCCUGCUGCUAUAAGAAGUCCCCCCCGGGCAACGGGGAGAGCCCAGCAGCGAUAGAUUCUUCCUCCUCGUCACUCCUCCAGAAGCCCACCUACCCUCCACCACCUCCUCCACCCUCCAGCAGCAAGAUGGACGCCGCCGUGGAGCGCCUCAAGACCGGGUUCGAGAAGUUCAAGACCGAGGUCUACGACAAGAAGCCGGAUGUCUUCGAGCCGCUCAAGGCCGGCCAGGCCCCCAAGUACAUGGUGUUCGCCUGCGCCGACUCACGUGUGUGCCCGUCGGUGACCCUGGGCCUGGAGCCCGGUGAGGCCUUCACCGUCCGCAACAUCGCCAACAUGGUCCCGUCCUACUGCAAGAACAAGUACGCCGGUGUUGGGUCGGCCAUCGAGUACGCCGUGUGUGCCCUCAAGGUUGAGGUCAUCGUGGUGAUUGGCCACAGCCGCUGCGGUGGAAUCAAGGCACUCCUCUCGCUCAAGGAUGGUGCAGAUGACAGCUUCCACUUCGUCGAGGACUGGGUCAGGAUCGGGUUCCCGGCCAAGAAGAAGGUGCAGACCGAGUGCGCCUCCAUGCCUUUCGAUGACCAAUGCGCCGUCUUGGAAAAGGAGGCCGUGAACGUGUCCCUCGAGAACCUCAAGACCUACCCGUUCGUCAAGGAAGGCGUCGCCAACGGAACCCUCAAGCUCGUGGGCGGCCACUACGACUUCGUCUCCGGCAAGUUCGACACAUGGGAGCUCUAAGUCCUCUCAUCCGGUUAACUCCUAUACAUACAACGUAUACUUAUACAUACAGAUAUGGAGAUGACCCUACAGAUCGAUCCAUUGAUGUGGAUGCGAUGCCAUGGAGUAUAUGUACUCGCUAUUUUCCAGUACUGCAUGCCGGAUGGCUCGAUGUGAAUUUGUAAUAAGCAAUAGAAGUUUCUACCAUUUUCUGACGUGGGGUUGUACUUGUGAUGCGUAAUUUGGUCAUCUUGUGACCAAAAGACAUCAACUAUAUAAUUAUAAUACCAUUUUCAUCAAGACUC